AUGGCUUUAGAUAUCCUCGGAGAAGAACCGGUAUCCUUAGUACGUGCAUACAUUGACAACACAUUGACAGUCCUAGUCCACGAGUUGUCCCUGUCCCCAUCAGAAGCACGGCCCUCUGUCACUCUACGAAGACGAACCAACGCAGCAGCCUGUACCAUCAACCCUAACAAUGGAGCAUUAGAAUCGGCCGAACAAGAAGAGUCAUAUCGCAAAUACUCUUGGCCAGGGAACACAGUAGCUGAAUCUUGGAAAUUCACUAUGGUUGUUCGGAUCCUUUCCAUUAUUGAUCAAGCUAUACGGACCGGUCAACUGAUUAGCAAAAGAUCACAGAAAGUAGUGGACGAGAUUCUCGAUGACCUAGCCUACACGAUUGGUGUGGACCGAGCAGCAUUGAAUGUAGAGGCGACUGCAAAGGGACUCAUUGUUGGUCCUUUUCGACUGAGACGCGAUGGGUACACGGUGGUAGACGCUCGAUUGGCCACUACUGAAACCUUGAUUCCUCGAAUACAAAAUGGCGACGAUAUCGACAUCGCAGGUGCCCGGUGGGUUCUAAUCGUUGAGAAAGAGGCCGCCUUCCACCGACUCGUGCGAAACAGCUUUCAUAUGACAGCCUUUGUUGGCGAGGGAAUUCUUAUCACUGGGAAAGGAUAUCCAGAUAUCAGCACACGCAGCCUAGUCCGUCGAGUUUUCGACAUGACUCAGAAUGCCAGAUACAGACCUCGUUUCUAUGCGCUGGUAGACGGUGAUCCCGAUGGCAUAGCUAUAAUGUCGACAUACAAGCAUGGUUCCAUCAGACAUAUGCAUGAGAAUGCAAGCCUCACAAUUCCCGAACUAGAAUGGCUGGGUAUGCGAGUAUCGGAUGCAGCCACGAUUCCUGAAUCAUCAGACAGCGGGGUUUUCCUCAGUUUGACAGCAAGAGACAGACGCAAGAUCAUUUCCAUGCUUCAAAACAGUCCUGUGUUUGCGAGUGGUGGCCCAGAGCUUGAGUGGCGACUGGAGCUCCAGCGAAUGCUGAUGUUGAAUGUCAAGCUUGAGAUUGAGGCGGUUUAUGAACAGAGUGGUGGGCUCGAAGCAUGGAUUAAUCGGAAGAUGUUCCGGCAGGAGUAA